AUGCCCGUGCGUUUACCGCGCAAGGCGGAUCUGUCGACACCGGCGAAGAAAGGUCGUACUCAGGAUGACACAGAUACCGAGAAAGAGAACACGAAAGCACCCAAGGGCAAGGUUAAGAAUGCGCGGCCCAAGAAAGUGGUCAAUGGGAAGGGAAAGCGAGCGUAUUGUACGUGCAGGGGACCAGACGAUGGUACACCCAUGGUGGCAUGCGCGGAAUGCGAUGAAUGGUACCAUUUCCGCUGUGUCGACCUUGACGAGAGGGAUGCGGAGGAUCUUGCCGUUUAUAUAUGCCCUUCAUGUCAACAGAGAACUGGCCGGAGAUCAGUCAUGGAAUGGGAGGGCUCCGAAGCGCUGGAAGAGGCCAAAGUCCAGGAAUCACCUACAGUUCAGUCAAAGAAGAAACGCACGCGAUCCCGGCCUCCCGAAGAUGACUCAGAACCAUCAGAGAAGGAGGCUUCAGACUUCGAGAGCGAUGGCAGCGGUGACGACGAGUAUGUGGAGGAUGUAGGACGAAGAGGUUCCAAAGGCAACGCGAAGAAGCGAGUUGUCCACAUCUCUUCCGAGUCGGAAUCCGGCGAUGAACAUAACCAUGUCCGGUCGCGUCGUCGCGCGAGCACGGUGUCUGGUCGCAGGAAAUCAGCGUCGCCACAUCCCAGUGCACAUCUGAAACGGAAGGGCUCAAGCGCCGUCCAGUCCCCGGCACCCAAACGCAAAAAGUCCGACAACUCCAAUGCGGAAGAUCCUGCAAGAAAGUACUGUCUUGGGAAAUAUGAGGAGAUGUUCUGUCAAAUCUUCGCGAAGUUUCCCCACUUGCCGAAUGAUGAGGAUGGUAAUCACGACGUAGAGAAGGACCCCCAGGAGCUGACACCCGAAGAAAAAGCGCUUGUGGAAGACAAAGCGAAGCAGUUCGCUGCUGAGCUAGAGCGGUGCAUUUUCGAUACCUAUGCUGAACCUGGACAUCAGGGAAGGCCUGUAGCGGGAGCAAAGUACAAGGAGCGUUUCCGGAUGCUGACCUUUAAUUUGAGCAAACCUGACCGUGUCACUCUCCACAAAAACAUCGCAUCUUCGCGCAUUACUCCCAAAGACUUAUCGCUUAUGUCUUCUACUGACCUUGCGAACGAGGAAUUGAAGCAGUCCAUAAAGAUAGCUGAACAGGAGGCAUUGGAGCACUCGAUUUUGCAGAAGACGUCGGCACCGCGUGCCAAGAUCACGCAUAAGGGUUUACAGGAUAUCGAGGAUGUGCAUGGUGAGACGACGAGCCAACGUAUAGAGCGGGAACGCGCGAGAGAGCAGUUGGAGGAGGAGAAGAGGGAACGGGAGAGGUUGGCCCGUCUUAAGGCAGCUCAGAGGGGAUCUGUACCGCCUGAGUCCCCCGUUACGCCUCAGUCGGCAAGUUGGGGUGGGCCUCCGCCUGUGCCUCAGCAUGCCAUGCAUGGCGAGCCCUCGACACACUUCGGCUCUAUGAGGCCCCCAGCGAAUCCGCUAUUUAUCCCGACUCCGUCUGAGAUGAAUACGCCUGUCGUGAACGAGCUAAAUCUGGCCGAUCUCAUUAACUUGGAUGAAGAAACGUCGUCUCCUACUAAUGAGCCUCCUCCGACGCCCUUCGAAGCGGACUUAUCUCUGGUUUCAAGUGAAACUAAGGUCGACGGACAACCGGAGCAUGAAGCAUCUCCCGUGCAACCUACCGGUAUCUCUCCUUUUGCUGCCGGUGUUUCGCGUCCGGACCCUACAGCGCGUACCUCCUUCGACUUGAAUUCCUUCUGGUCUUCCGGUGAUCAAGAGAAACCCCAUACACCGCCGAGGACGCCCACACCGCCGCCAGCGGCUCAGGAUGACCAGAGAGAUAUCAACAUGGAGGCGGCCGAAGGCCAGGGUGCUGAAGAUGAAGACUUCGACAUGUUCCUUGAGCGGGAUGAUGAAGCAUCUAAGGGAGAAUCGAACAAUUUUCAACCUAAUAUUCUUCCUAUAGAGAAACAGCCGCAAGUCUUCACUGGAGCUGUGAGUACCCCCUCGAUCCCUCGUCUGUCGAUGCCUAUAGAUGAUGUUGUACCUCAAAACACACCGGUGGUGGCGUACCAAAUGGGUGGUCGGUCCAUACCGUCUACAUCACCACUGUGGCGAACCUUGUUCCCGUCAUCGGAACUCAGGAUUGACGGACGGGUAGCCGUAGACAAGAGUUCACAGUUCUUGCUUCAAAUGAGGAUGAACGCCACGAAGGAACUGAUCGCGGUGGCUUUUGCACCCAUCGCAGGAACAGAGCACCUGUUACGGAAGCUUUCCGAUUACCUCAGGACCAAGAAUCGUCAUGGUCUCAUCUUCCCAUGGGGCCAUCAUCCCAAGGACCACCAUCCAGGCCGGGAACUAUAUAUUAUCCCGCUUUUGGCUACGGAACCCAUACCUGAAUAUAUGGAACUCUUGGAUGAAUUGCGUCUACCUAAAUUACGCGACGCCGAUUACCUCGUCGGUAUCUGGGUCUUGAACAAGGGCAAACUGGCUCCUCCCCCAACUCCACAAGCCGCACCUGUACCACCUCAGCAAGCCAGUGCGCAACCUGUACAACCAUCAAGUUCGUUCCAGCCUCCAGCUGGGUCCCCGCCCAAUAACGUUUCUCUGCCUGUGCCUAUAUCCGCACCCGCACCCGCACUCGCACCCGCUGUUCCUUCAGUUACUCCAGUGCCCGCAGUGCCUUCCAAUCCCGUCUCGCCUCCCAUCGUCAAUCCGUCCGCUGUCGCCGCUGAACUCGCGACAUUGACACCCGAGCAAAUUCAGCUUAUGCUACAAACUCUCAGUACAUCAGGCUUGGUUCCACCGGUCAACGUUCCGCUGGCCCCGCCAUCAGUCCCUGUCCAACGACCUAUCCCCUCCCUGACAUCGCAGUCGCCACCCUGGCCUGUUGCUCCCCCAGGUCCCGGAUACGUGUCUGGAUAUCCCCAGAACUCGCCUUCAGGGAGCGUGACUCUCGAGGAGGGCCGCCCUGGGACAGGGAUGAGCGUGGAUGGCGCGGGGGCCCUAGAGGCCGCGGUCGAAGCCGAGGUGGACGCGGUCGAGGAAGAGAAGGCAGGGAUAGAGAGCAUGAUCGGCACGGCAGGCCUCAGGAUACAGGGUGGCCAAGACGUGGUCGUGGAGGCCCGCGGUAAAGUAUUGCACGAAGUCUCUUGGAUAGUGUUCUAUUUGUCUUCUCUAUUGCUCUCCAUGUAUGAACUCUACUGUAUCAGUACUGUGCAUUAG